AUGCCCCUCCAUAGUACAUUCAUCCAGGGUAACAGCAUUAUGCUGAACAUGGCAGACGAUUCGCGAUCUCCCGUUGGUGCACAUAACGGCGACUUCAUCUUUCAGCAUCGCCUGUUCAUGGGGUCGUACUGGGGCAACUUGCACAUUAUUGUGAAGCAAUAUAAAACAGAGGCCGAGAUCGAGCUCGAGCACGCCGCUCUCACGCAGAGGGCAUACCAGGGCGAGUCCAUUGCGAGCCCGUUCCGCUACAGGUUCGCUGUCGCAGAGCACCUCACGUAUAUGCUACCGGAGCCAGCAAACGUUAGCUUGCUUCGUCAAGCAUAUCCCAACCGACUCUUCUGCGUCAAGCCUCGGGUCAUCGACACCCCCGAUCGAGUCUCCAUCCCACUGGUGCCUCGGGUCCGCAACACCAUCCCCAACGCGCCUUGUGCGUCCACGCCAGUCGUCGACCACAACGAGGUGGAUAUCGACGAGAUGGCCACCUCGGUGUUACAUACCGAGCCUACUUUGGUCGAUGACAGCAACGACGACGAUGACGUCGAAUACGUCCGCUCAAGCAGUCCCGAUCUCCCUCCUCUCGCCGUACUUAUCGAUCGCAUCAUGCGCGAGAGGAGGGAGCAGAACACGAUUGUCAUCAAUGACUCGGAUGAUGAUUCCGAGCCCAACGUGCGCCCUUCCAAGAGACCCAGAGGAUCGACCUCUGACGACAUCAAAGACGAUCAGGCUAUUGUGGACGCGCGUCAGUUCGAUGUCUUCGCAUUGGCGAGACCUCGUCACCUAUCUCUCCCGGCCCCCAACCAGCUUGCUCUUGCCGCUCAGAACAUCUUGCGUACCGAAUUCGGACGCGAUCUCGAGCCUAUUCCGGAGACUUCCGAGGCUGACAUGAAUGAAGUCUGA